UCCGGCAAUCAUUUUUGUCAUCAGCACCAUGGCACAAAAGGACGCAAGCAAAUCGAAGGUGUGGACCGUAGAGGAGAUACACAGUUUGAUCGAAGCUUUUCGCACUACACCGGAUCUGUGGCAGAGGAAACAUGCUAACUACAAAAACAAACUACGGCGAAUUCAACUAUUUGCAGAUAUGGCUGCUGACUUUGGAACGUCCACCGAUGAAAUCAAAGAGAAGUUUCGCUCAUUGCGCACAGUUUACAUGCAAAAUUUGAAGAGAGUUGCCACCAUCGAUGGAUAUGUUCCGAAAUGGGAAUUCUAUAAUUCGCUGCAUUUUCUACACGGAGAAAUAACUUCAAAAUAUGAUGAUGGUGUAAAUAUCGACGAUGACGGCUCUGAAUCUGCUAUCUAUCUUGAGGAACCAUACGAAAGUCUUCCAUCGGACGACACGCACCAGCCAGAAAAACAGGUUAAUUCCAAGAAGAGGCGCGUUGAAGCUCCACCUUCGAGACCUCAAGAGCAAAGAAGCCCUUCUAUUUCGAAUGAUGCAUUUGGAAAAUUUGUUAUGCAUUCGUUGGAUGCAAUGAAUAAUCCAUUGAUAGAGGAGAAAACAAAACUUCGAAUACAGCUGCUGAUCUCUGACGCGAUGCACGAGGCGGCUUCCGCUGCUCUCUCGCUACUCACCUCGCACGCACCCCAAAGAGCAUCAUUUCAGUCCCCAACCAUAGAACAGGACACCUACGAAACGUGCGUGCAAACUGGUGAAGAGCUUCUUGAAGAGUUGACUAUUGUGAAGCAGGAAAUAGGGUAAUUCAUUUUAUUGUUUUAA